AUGUUUCGUGUAUCGCCUCGUUUCCGCCAACGUUUACUCCUAGUCGCGAAAAUCGCCGCAGGGAUCUCCGUCACUGGUGCCGGGACAUUUCACCUCGUGACACGAAAAUGCUAUUUUGAGCCAUUCGGACCCGAGAAUGGCAGGUCCUUGUUCGAGCAUCCUCUUCUCAAACAAAUUAAUCCUUGGAACAAACCUGGAUCUUUCGACUCUUGCGUCAGAGAAGUGCCAUUUGACAAAUUGGACAAAACGCUUAUCGAGGAUGCAAAGAAUGGAGGGACCAAGUUAGUCGAGCGUUUCAUUGCUGGAAUGUGGGGAGGGUUCGGGUACGGAAUCCAAAGAAGGAUAAUGACUUUGUUCAAAGGUGAUAUCAACAAGCACGAUUUAUGGAAGAAAAUGGAACUUCUAGGGUCUACUUAUGAGCCAGGUACAUAUUUCACAAAUCACUUCCUGGUUCUCUCAAAAACCCCAACCUGCAUCACAAUGAGAGGAUGUUUCGACCCUCAUCAGUCACCUCCCUAUCCAAUGGACAUUGACAAUAUGGUUGAGGUCCACGCUGAGUUAGAUGAGGCGAAGCAGGUUGCGAUCCUCAAACUUCGAGUCAUCACCUUUGAUGGACGGAAGGAGGCGAGCGACAAGGAAGAUCCAUUCGGCGGUUUUGGGGGUUGGCUUCACAGACGAUAUUCCACUUUGCUAGUCGAGUCUGGGGCUAGAAACUGCAUAAGCUGA